AUGCCUGAUGAAUCCGACGCGGCGGUUUCCCUGUGCGACGCCAUAGUCCAUGGCAGUGUCCCGCAGUCAGAACAGCUCAUCACCUCCGAUCUGUCGUCUGCAACCAUCUCUGCGCUCCUUGCCCAAAUAUCCCAGACACGGCGUGUGCUCAGUAAGGAGAUCAGAGAAAAGAGCAGGGACGAGGCUGGGUCGGUUGAUCAAUGGAUCUCCCGGGCAAAGAAGGUUCAGGAGGACAUCGCGCGUUGCAAAGUCGAGUCCAAACUCAUCGUCGAAGAGCAUCGGCAACUCGAAGCCUUGAGAGACCAGGCAACAGACUACCAACGCAAAGUUGAACUGCUUGAGACAGAGACCGAUUUCACUGAGACCCUUAGACAAGAACUGCGCAAUAUAUCACUGGCAACGCAGUCCUUGAGAGACGUCGAGGAGCGUCUGGCCAAUGAUGACCCUUGUGGAGCUGCCUCAAAAUUGCGAGAGCUGGAUAGAAGCCCUACAAGCAAAUUCAAGUCUAGGUCAGCAACAAUUCUUCGAGACUUGAGGGACGAGUUGCGCCUCAAAACUCGCCUGCAGCUGGAAACAAAGCUAAAUGCCCAGAUUCUCAUUCGGAGAGAGCCACAGAAAGCAAGCCUCGAGAUUUCAAGCCAUGAGCUUGAGUCCGACAGAAUCAAUUCCGAUGCCAUCCUCCAAGCACUUAACGACACGGGUGACCUGCGUGAUUCCAUCGAACCCCUGACGGAUAAGCUUAGAGCACUGAUCCUCCAGCCUCUUCGACGCUCCGCCCGAUUGAAACUUUCGACUUACCACGUGGGACAGCAUUCCUUGGACAUCGAACUCUGCACAGCCCUCCCGUCUAUAGACUUGGUCCUUGAUUUUGUGCUUGAUUUUAUAAACUUUCUGCACAAGUCACUCGCGAAGACUAUACAAAGUGCUGCAGUUCACGCGGUGCUUGCGGACCUCAUGAGUCUCCUGGUGUCGGAUUGGCUCAACCCUGAGCUCCCAGUUGACCUCGCAAUGCUGGAUGAUCUCGAUAAACUGCAACAGAGAGUAACUGUAAUUCUGGACAAGCUGAAGUCAUUGCAAUGGACCGGGCAAACCCAGCUCCAAGACUGGAUGGAUGACAUCCAGCGUACUUGGCUGAACAAGCGCAAGGCUGCGACGCUGGACGCUGUGCGAAAAGCAUUUGCUUCUGCAAAAGGUCUUCUUACACAGGUCACGAGAGUAGAACGCGAGGUAAUCUCAACAACUGCAGAAGAACCAAACGAAGCCGACAAUGGAUCAAGUGACUGGGACGCUAGCUGGGAUGAAGAUGCCAAGGACCAAGCCUCGACAGAGGGAAUCACAAAUGCGGGCGACGGUGAGGUAGACGACGACACAAGCGGCUGGGGAUUCGACGAGGAAGAAAACAGCGAAGAGAAGGAAUAUAGGCAGAAUGGCCACGUCGCACAGCAGGACGAGGAUGACGAUGGAGAUGCCUGGGGCUGGGAUGAUGAGAGUCCUACGGAGAAAAGAUCAGAGCAGGUAGCUCAGGACGGUGGCAGCAAGGCAAAUGGUGCACAAGGGACCCAAAAGACCGAGCACGAGGUCACAUUGAUGGAAGUCUACAGCAUCAGCGAGAUCCCGGACCAUCUCAUCGAAAUCAUCGGCAGGGAUCUGUCGGACGCCAAAACUAUCGAACGAAUGGAACAUAAGAGCCUCGACCCUUCAACAACAUCAAAAGGACUCCUGGCCUUGCCUACAUUGGGUCUAGCCAUGUUCCGCGCCACAGCACCCAGCUACUAUGGUGCCUCCUCUUCUCUGACCGACAUCCACCGCUACAACGACUCCCUGUACAUUGCCGAACGACUUCGCGAGAUGGCCGUACCGGCGGCCAUGCCGCACAUCGAAACUGACAUCAAAGACAUGGAGAAGUUCGCCAAAAUGGCAUACUCGAAAGAAAUGGAAACUCAGCGCAUCAUUAUAUGGGACUUGUUGGAAGGGGCUCAAGGAUUUACCGCAUGCACCCAGUUUCCUUACUCACAGGAGAUUGAGAACGCUGUUUCUUCGGUGGUCGACCGGAUUCGCACGCUGCACGGGGAGUGGAAACCCAUCCUGUCGACGUCAGCGUUAAUGCAAAGUAUCGGCUCGCUAGUGACAAUGGUCAUCGCCAAAAUGAUCUCCUCGAUCGAGGAGAUGGACGACAUCUCGGAACCCGAAUCGCGCAAACUCACCGCCUUCUGCCAGCAGAUCGCCAGCCUGGACAACCUCUUCCUUUCCACCCCUCCAACCGCCACAUUAUCAACCACGACCACCGAAACCACCGAAACCCCCGCGCAGCAACAAACUCAAAAUGCCGUGCCCAUGAUAGCAGUGUACGUCUCCAACUGGCUGCGCUUCCAAUACCUAAUCAACAUCCUGGAGAGCUCGCUCGUGGACAUCAAGUACCUGUGGACGGAGGGCGAGCUGAGUCUGGAGUUCACCGCGGACGAGGUCGUCGACUUGAUCAGGGCUCUCUUCGCCGAGAGCCCCCAUCGGAGGAGCGCCAUUGCCUCCAUCCGGGGCUCGCGACUGUCUCGGUGA